AUGGAUGAUGACAGCAGUGAUGUUGCAUCUGAAGCUAUCGUCUUCAUGCUUGUGUCACUAGACUCGCUUUGGAAGAUACCCUGCGGCUACAUCCUGAACAGUGGGCUCUCUGGAAAAGAAUGCACUAAUCUCGUGAACUUGUGUUUGACCAAACUGCAUCAUGCAGGGGUGUCUGACGCCCUGCCUGAUUUUGAUGCUGUCAUUUUGCACAACGGCACAAACAACACCAGCGCUUGUGCCAGCGUGUACAUUGACAAGUACCGUCAGCUGGCCGCUCAGAUCUUGAAACACAAUCCGACGAUGCAGAUCGCCUUUUCUUCCGUCCUUCCAAGGCGGGAGAACAGGUUCUCUUCGUUGGAGUGUCAGCGUAGUAAGAGUGCUGAGAUCCAAUCGUUGAAUGAUCGGUACAAAGAAGUGAACUGGCUCCUGCAGGAGUUCUGGCUCAAGAAGGGCUUCGUGUUCAUCGGCAAUCUCGUGGACAAGUGGCAUCGGUGGAUCGGCUACGACGGAGUACACCCAAGCCGGGAUGGCAACAAGGUUUUUGCAGAGUUCCUGUUCCUGCAUGCACAGAGGAUUGCAGAGGUGCUGACCAGGUCCAGGAUUCAUCAGGACCACAUGAAGAGGAUGUCGAGUGCCAGCCCCUCCUGGAACUGCAGGACCCCCACGGAUGUCCUGUUGAACACGACAUGCGAGAUUGAAUUUCCUCCGCUUGGCUAUUCUUGCCCUCCUAGCAUGCUCGCCUCGCCUCCAUCAUCUCCUCCUCCUGCAUCCUCUGUGCCCCUACCACCUCCUCUUGCUUCUACACCUUCUCCACGACUCCCUCUUGCUUCCUCUGUGCCCCAACCACCUCCUCUUGCUUCCUCUGUGCCCCCACCACCUCUUGUUGCCUCUGUACCUUCUCCACAACUCCCUCUUGCUUCCUCUGCACCCCAACCACCUCCUCUUGCAUCUGCACCUUCUCCACAACUCCCUCUUGCUUCCUCUGCGCCCCAACCACCUCCUCUUCCCUCUGCACCUUCUCCACGACUCCCUCUUGCUUCCUCUGUGCCCCCCCCCCCCACCUCCUCUUGCAUCUGCACCUUCUCCACGACUCCCUCUUGCUUCCUCUGUGCCCCCCCCCCCCCCCCUCCUCUUGCAUCUGCACCUUUUCCACAACUCCCUCUUGCUUCCUCUGCGCCCCAACCACCUCCUCUUGCAUCUGCAUCUUCUCCACGACUCCCUCUUGCUUCCUCUGCACCCCAACCACCUCCUCUUGCCUCUGCUGUGCCCCCACCACCUCCUCCAGCUUCUGCAUCUUCCCCACUUCCCCUUGCUUCCUCUGUGCCCCCACCACCUCCUGCUUCUGCAUCCUCUCCACCACUUCCUGUUGCUGUUUCUGUGGCCCCAUCACCUCCGAGUUUGGUGGGCGGAUGCAAGUGGCAGUUGGUGAAGCCCAAAUGCAGGGAGCGCAAGUCUCCAGAGGUGCAUAAGGCACAAAGCCACGGCGCUACUAUCACAUCCCCCAUCAUUACUUGGGAUGAUGGAGACUUUGCAGCCUCUGUGCCUUCUGCAUCUUUUCCAUCACUCCCUCUUGCUGCCUCUGCUGUGCCCCCACCACCACCUCCUCUUGCCUCUGUGCCCCCACCACCUCCUCCAGCUUCUGCAUCUUGA